AGCGGCUCGCACGCCAGGCGCCGCCAUGCCCGGGGACCAUCGCCGCAUCCGCGGGCCCGAGGAGUCGCAGCCGCCGCAGCUGUACGCGGCCGACAAGGAUGAGGCGCCCGCCGCCCGCGACCCGACGCGGCUGCGGCCCGUGUACGCGCGCGCAGGGCUGCUGAGCCAGGCCAAGGGCUCGGCCUACUUGGAGGCGGGAGGCACCAAGGUGUUGUGCGCCGUGUCCGGCCCGCGGCAGGCCGAGGGCAGCGAGCGCGGUGGCGCGCUGGCCGCCGCGCUCACGGCCGCCGCGCUCGCCCUGGCCGACGCGGGCGUCGAGAUGUACGACCUGGUGGUGGGCUGCGGCCUGAGCCGCACCCCGGAGCCGGCGCCCACCUGGCUGCUGGACCCCACGCGACUCGAGGAGGAGCACGCCGCCGCCGGCCUCACCGUGGCGCUCAUGCCUGUGCUCAACCAGGUGGCCGGGCUGCUGGGCAGCGGGGAGGGCGGCCCGACCGAGAGCUGGGCCGAGGCGGUGCGCCUGGGCCUGGAGGGCUGCCAGCGCCUCUACCCCGUCCUGCAGCAGUGCUUGGUGCGGGCUGCCCGCCGGAGGGGCGCCGCCGCGCCGUCCUGAACCAGAAGCCUGGGCAACGACGGACGCGGAGGGCCGAGCUGCCGCCGUCCCCUAAAAGACCCGUGCCGUCAGCUUCCAGACUGCACGGAGCUGAGAAUUCGGAGGGCUGGACAGGAUCCGAGGAGGCGUGCACAGAGCUAAUGCACUGGACAGCUGUGUUGGAACAGUUUUUGAGAGACUUCCGUUAAAGAAACUUUUCUACUUGAGCUGGUGCUUCCCAGCUACGACCCAAAGAAACUUGCGAAUGCGGCCUGACUCCCAAGUUGGAAAGGACUUUUCAGCUGGACUCGCCUGGAAAACGAGACUUGGAGCUUUUGUCUUGUAAGGGAUGGACCCUAUGCAGGCCAGCUAGUGACUCCCUUCUAUGUAAUUGGUCUGCUCUUGAGAGAAUGGACAAGGGGCUGUGCCUACUCAUUUAUAUCUGAGCUAAAACAAACUCCUUUGUAUCUGGAAAA